AUUCUAUAAGAUCAUUAGAACAUUUUUAUUAUAAGAAAAUCUGACUUCUGUAUUCUUAUAAUAUUUUACAAACUCUUGAUAAAGUAUGGUAAAUCGGAUCAUUUAUAAAAAAUAGGGUAGAUGAAUUCCCAACAUCCGGCACAAAAUGUUUGAAUUUCACUAUGAAGCGCACUUGAAGAAUUAUAAAACACGGAGAGGUGGCAACCCUACAAGUAUGUAGUUAUGGAAACGAAUAAACGGAUAUGAAUCAAACGAUAAUUAUAUUGUAUGAAAGUAACUUAUGGAAACGAUGAAACAAAAAUAACAAUUUUGAGUGUCACGUCCAUUUUACAAAGUUAUUAUAAACACAGCAUGUCUACGGCAAGCAGUGAAUCCGAACGAGGACCGAGCGCCGAUUCAAAACGAAGCCUGAAAAUUAAAAAAGUUAGAAAGCAAACUAAGUUACCAUCAGAAACCCUGAAGAAGGAAAUUGCAGACAAUUGCAACAUUCUAGAAAAUUUGCUGAGCAGCGAAGAAUCGGAUGGAAACAUCAGCAGUUCGGAAUAUUCCGAAGACGAUCUGUUGAAGAACGAGGAGAACGAAGAAUUUAUAUUGGAUUUCAAUUUGAUCAGUAAUGCUCUGCAGAAGACGCAAAUUGAAAGUAAACCGGCGUACGAUGUCGAGUUGCGAGAAAUCGAGCGCAAAAAUAACAUUCUGAUGCAGAAAAUAUUGAGGCACAGCAAGAGACCGAGCCAAUACAAGUUGGCACCGCAACAUUCGAAAGUUUCCAACAGUCUGGUGAACAGGAAGAAGCAGCAGCAGAAAAUCGAGAAAGACAAUUUAAUCCUCUUAAAGAAAAUAAAGAGCGUCAAACCGUUUGGUCUGAGCGUCGCAAAGAAAUAGCGGAUGUAUAAUAAAUUAGAUAUUUAUUCAUAUAUUUUACAAAUUUUUUAAAUAUAUUUUAAUCUCAUAUAAAAAAAAACCUCAUUAAUUGGGGGGGAUUCAGUACAUCUGUUAUGGAAUAAAUGAAUUAGAGAUUGUGACCAAUCGAUGUGAGAUGAUUAAUAAUAGAUUUAGUAAUAGGUUUAGAACGAAAUAUUGCUACGACAAAAACCGAUAAACAAAACCUAACUGACAUAUUAACAAUUAUAACAAAUCAUACAAGAUAAAUAACAAACAAGCAGAAUAUAUAAUGUAUU